UCUGUAAACGUGCCAGAAGAAGACAUGUCAGACCCGACGGCGGAACUCACCAACAACAAGCCCUUCGCGGUCCGGCUGUCCAAUGUUUACCUCAGCAUCUUGGCACUGUUCUGCUUCAAGCUCUUUGUCAAGAUUUCCCUCAACUUGCUGACAUACUUCUACAUCGUCCGUGGGAACCGUAAGGAGGCGGCCAGGAUAUCAGCAGAGUUCUACGACUACGGCCAACGACACGGAUCCUGGGCCGACCGCUCACCCCUCCACGAUGCUGCAAGUCAGGGUCGCCUCCUCGCCCUCAGGACCCUCAUUUUACAGGGUCACAGUGUGAACGUCCUGACCAUAGACCAUGUGACGCCCCUGCACGAGGCCUGUCUUGGAGACCACGUCGCUUGUGCCAGAGCCCUCAUUGACGCAGGAGCCAAUGUCAAUGCUUCGACAAUUGAUGGAGUCAGCCCUCUGUUCAACGCCUGUACAGUGGGCAGUGUGGCGUGCGCCGAAAUUCUUUUGGAAAAUGGAGCAAAACCCCAGAGUCUCGUGUACUGUCCCUCGCCCAUCCACGAAGCCACCAGCAAAGGUCAUCACGGUUGUGUGGAGGCUCUGGUGACAUGGGGGGCGGAUGUGGACGUGGACAUCCCUCACCUGGGCACGGCGCUCUACACAGCCUGCGUCUGCCAGGAGCUGGAGUGCGCCAGAAAACUCCUGAGGGAAGGUGCCAAUGUACAGAAAGGCAAAUCCCUGGAUUCGCCCUUACACGUGGCCGCGGAGAAAGACUGCACGGCGGUGGUGAAGCUGCUGCUGGACUUUGGCGCGGACAUCAACGCCAGGAACACGGAGUUCCGGAGGCCAGUAGACGUGGCUCCGCCCAGCAGUUCGACAGAGGGCUUCCUACUGCUCUAUGAAGCUACACCGCGGCUCCUGAGCCAACUGUGUCGUCAGUGCGUCAGGAACUGCGUCGGCCGUGACAGACUUCACCUCCUCUCCCACCUGCCGCUGCCCACCAGGCUCAGGAACUACCUGCAGUACCAGUGACAGGCGGAACCUGUUUUGCCUAAAUGGGACUUAUAAAAAACCAAAAAAAGAAGAAGACGCCUUCGACACAAACAGCACAUCAACUCCAUGAACUCCUCUGACCCUUUUGUUUUAGCUGCUUGUCAAUGCAGUUCAAUCUAUUAUUUCAGUUAUUAGUCACAGCUUACCUUCUCCUGGACAAAUUAUGAUAUAUGUAUAUAAUAUAUAUUUGUUUAUUAAUACAGCUAUAUUUGCUAUUCAGAUUUGUAGUGUUCAGAAAUUGCCUUCAUAGUUCCGCUUUGAGAGUGGUGCACUUUGAAAACUUUGAUGUAAACACACACACACACACACACACACACACACACACAUAUAUAUAAAUGCAUACUGCACAUAUGUAUGAGUAGUCAUAGUUUUACAUUGCACACCACUAGAAAAUUAAAUAGAUAAUUACAAAUUGUUUUGAAACCUUGUGCAUUUCCAAAAUCGUGUGCCAUGUUUCUGAUGGUUGAUAUUAGAGGGUGCGGCGGUGAUUCAAAAGUCCCAAAACAAAAAUAGUUGACAAGUUUAAGCUCGGAUUAUUAAGUGCCGACAACUGGAGGAGGCUGACGUUGUUGGAAAAAGGUCUCGGAUGGAAAAUAUGAGUGGGUGGAGCAGCGAGUGUUCAUAUCUAUUGCGGAGAUAUAGUAGCUAAUGAUGAAAUCGUGUUACCGAGGCUUUAUGAACCAAAUAAUCAUAUGAAUAAAGUAGCAGUAUGAAAUAA